CAUUCGUGUCCUUCUUCAGAUGCUCGUCAGCUUUGGGAGAUCUCUUUAGAAGUUUGGACCAAUUCGUAAAAUCACUGUCUGUGGUUCAGCUGACGUGGAAAUCUGGUCGAAGAAGGGCUCCGGUUUUAGGCUCGUAUUGAGACACAUAGAAAGAUGCCUGGACCAGCAGUAAGUGCAACCAAUGUUGGGGCGUCUGGCCGUUCCCCCAGCAAGACAGUGGCUCCUCGGGCAGCAGGCUCCACAGUCAGGCAGAGGAAAGCCGCCAGCAGCAGCACGCGCAGCGGUGGCAGGACCACGGGGUCCGCAGGAACCGGCGGCAUAUGGCGCUUCUACACUGAAGACUCGCCAGGCCUCAAAGUCGGCCCUGUUCCUGUUCUGGUGAUGAGCCUCUUAUUUAUCGCUUCAGUCUUCAUGCUUCACAUCUGGGGGAAGUACACCCGGUCUUAAAUGCCACCCGAUGACCUCUGACCCCACGCUUUGGCUUCUCUUUGGACCCGGACCAAACGACAAACCAUUUUCUCCCUCUUCCAUCAUUACAACACACCUUUUUAAUGUUUGUACGUGAUCUGAGUCUGUACCAGUUGUUGGCAUCAUGCAUCCUCCCGUGUGUUUUUACACCUGGUGGAGGUAAAAGAAAGCCAUGCCGAGCCACCUUUAGGUGUGUGUGUGUGUGUGUGUGUGUGUGUGUCCCUUUAAGAAGCUGCAGCUGUGUUUCUACUCAGCUGCUGAAUGAAGGCAGUUCAGUGCCCAAGGACAUUUUUGAUUUCAGGCCUCCAGCAAACUUCAACGCCUGAGUUUUUAUUUUAUUUUUUGUUAACAGCAUUUGUACAAAAUGGUUGUAAAACUGUACAAUAAAAACAACAACAAGCAGCCUGAACGUGA